UUAGGGGCCAUUCAGGCCCCCUGAGGGGACUGUGAUAAGGUGAAGUCGGUGGGGAUGGUAGCCCGGCAUCCUCGUUAAUACAAAUAAGCAUCGCAGAUAGUCAAAUUUUCAGUUAUUGUUAAUUGUCAGGAAUGAAACUACUUUUUGGUUUUGCCUUAUUGCCACUGAUCAUGGCCAUAAAUGAUAUUAUCCCUCGCCUCCCUCCAAAUCCACUUGUUUCAGACCUUAUUACACUGGUCGCGACAAAUUUAAUCUCAAUUUUUGGCCCAUCAAUGAUUGUUGACACUAACGCAAAUGUUCCAGAAGAUUUUGCCCUCACGGACACUCUAGUUAAACAGAAUGGGUACGGCUAUGAGUUUCAUAAAGUCGUCACCGAAGAUGGCUACAUUCUUAGCCUACACAGAAUCCUUCCACGCAAUGAUACAGAACGUGGUGACAGAGUGCCAGUUUUUAUCCAACAUGGGGUUUUGGUUUCUUCGGAUUCAUGGCUUAUAGGGCCAAGGUCAAGUUUAGCUUUCUUACUCGCUGACCAUGGUUAUGAGGUCUGGCUUGGCGACCAGCGUGGGAGCGCUUACUCUAGGAGUCAUGUAUCAUACACAGUUAAAGACUUUCAAUAUUGGAAUUUCUCUUUUCAUGAAAGUGGAAUGUUUGACAUACCAGCUUUUAUAGACCAGGUGUUAAAUGUAACUGGUAAACCACAAUUGUUUUACAUCGGCCAUUCAAUGGGAACAACGGUUUUACUUACAAUGGCAUCUAUGCGACCCGACUAUAAUGCUAAGAUGAAAGCCGCUGUACUUCUUGCCCCUAUUGAUACAGCUCCUACAGUUUCAGAACUAAAUCGGACCACUCUAACGCUAGGUAUAAAGUACGUUGAUGCCAUAAAGGAAUCCUAUGACAUAGAGCAUAAGUAUGAAUUUUUACCAAGAAAUGGAGAACUUAUUAACUUCAUUAGAAAAUACUGUGUACCUGGUUCUCCUAUACUUCACUUAUGUUUUGAUGUAAUUGGAAUAGUAUGUGGUGAACAUAGAGCAAAUUUGGAUAGAGAUACAAUAGGCAAAUCUGGAAGUUACGUGCCAGCAGGCACUUCUAUAAAAACUAUGGACCACCUUACACAACUCUAUAAAUCAGGGUUCAGGCUUUUCAACUAUGGAAAGCGAAAAAACUUGGAACUUUAUGGUACCGAUAUGCCUCCAUUUUAUCCUUUGGAGAGGGUAACAACUCCAAUUGCACUUUACUAUGGCGAUAAUGACGCUUUAAUGAACGGAAGGUCUGCUGAUAAACUGGCAAGCAUGCUGCCAAAUCUGAUAAUGAAUAAGAUGGUAGCAGAUCCAAAAUUUACCCAUGCUGACUAUAUAUUGGGCAUAAAUGCGAAAGAAAUGGUGUAUGAUGAUGUGAUUAAUAUGCUGGAAUCAUUACAAUAGGUUUACUGUACCAAAAAAAUUGCUAAUUGUCUUCCAGUGUAACAUCAAAUCUUAGCGUUACCAAUAUAUUCAUAAUAGGAAUAGUAAUUAUAACUAACCUCCUCAAUAUAAACUUUACAUGCUUACAUUUCAAAUUCAAUUGCUUAAGUGAUUUAUCAUGGCUAAGGCUCAGUGACAAUUAAAAGACUGUUACCAUAUAGGAGGUAAUUCAUUCUAACUCUAGUAAUGAGAACACGGAAAAAUUGUCUUCUACAAAUAUGCCAUACAAGAAGGAUAUCCAAUUGGACAGGCAGACUACCAUUAAAGACCUUGAAAUCACUUAAUAUUUAACAUCAAUUAUAUUUAACAUGCUUUGCACCUCAAUAAGGCAAAUCAAUUUUAGCUUUCUUACAUAAAACUACAAAAAAGUUUAAGGUUACAGAAACAAUGAUUACAUGUUUCAGGUUAUGGUCUGUCCCAUUUUAGAAUGCUUUUCCAAAUCAGAAAAUACUAAGUGAUUGAAUAGAAAAUGUACAGCGACAAUUUAUUGGCAUUCUCUGGUUUAAAAUUACUGGAACAUAUUUCGUUAGACCAUAUUUGGUUAGGUUGGUGUUAUUUUCAAAAACUAAUUAUAAUACAAAUUAUUUAAUAUUUACUCCAAUUCCUCGACUCACAGGAAUGAGUAAUUAUUGUGACACAUUUCACAUUUUCUUAAAUCGAUGUAAAAAUUUUUUUAAAUAUUGAUCAUGGCAAGUGCA